CAAAUGAAACAGAGAAGGUAAUGAAGAAGCGCUACUACGUUCCUUCCAGACUGACACCCCAUUGCUCCCCAGAAGAGAUUGCGCAGAUCAAAUCAUCUACAGACUUUUAUGUGGACUUCAGGGGCUUCUUACCAGAUGGGCUGUUUCAUCGGUUGAUGGCGAGAGCAGUUAGAUGGAUGGGUGAAAGAGAUGGAGAACCCGUCAAUCUUUACUAUCGUCACAUCAGUCUAAUGGUUGAUGAAGAGCAUCAUGCCUUAAUAGAGAUGUUACCCCCUCAUGAAGCAACUAUCAAGGUCACUGUAUUCCAAGGAGAGGUUGCUGAUUCUGAUGAUGAUGGGGAUAUUCACCACCCACCAGCCUCAAGUGCUGUCAAAGAGGUAAUGGACUUUGUAAGGAGAACCCUUGAUGACCUUAUUCUGCACUGGUCUAGGAGGAUCGAGUAUGAUGUCUGCUUUCUGUGCCCGAAGUGCAGUAAGAAGAAACUGCUUCAAGACUGCUUCAAGAGAAAGUCACUCAAGUGUGGAGAACAUAAGAUCCGUACGGCUCCAAUUAAGUCAAAGUUUGGUAUGAGUGAUGAAGGGGUGGAGUCAUGGAACAAGAGUCAAGUGGUGCCUAGAAGAUCAAAUGAGCUUGUUGAAGCCAGCGCAAUGGUCCAAGUUGAUGAAGAACAGACAGACACCCAGAACACUGAGGAAGAAGGAAAGGAGGAUGAAGGUGAAGAAGAGAAAGAAAAGAAGGAGGAAACAGAGGAUUACAUUGCCAGAGAAAGCCUGCCCCGUGAAACAGUACCAUCUGUAGUAAAUGACAAACCAAUCAAGAUGGAAUGUUGUAAGAGAGUUGGAGUUGAAGGUGGCAAACUUCAGCUAGAUUCCUUUGGGAUUGAACUUGAUAUCCCUCCCGGUGCAAUUGACAGCACAGCGCCACAAGGCAUUUCUCUUCGUGUCCUGACAGAUACUCCAAAUCUUAGCCACAGCAAAGCCGAGGUGUCAGUCUGCUUUGGUGUACAGUGUUUAGCCCCUGAUGACUUGGUUCUGAAGUUACCAGUGACUUACACAAUACCUCACUGUGCUGUGAUUACACGAUACUCCAGUGUGGAGGCAGUCUUAUACACGGGAGAGGGAGAAUACUCACCCGAUGCAGUUGUUAAAGAACGUAUUAUGUUGUCGAGGUCUGGAACACCUAGCUGCAUUAUCACGAAAUCUGUACUCAAACUGACGAUGAACCACUUUUCAUGGGUGACCAUUAAGUUCAGGAUCAAUAGUUUCUUCUUCCGAGAAAAGAAGAUGUGCUGUCAGCCGUUUAAAGAAAAGAACUUAGCCCUGCAGAAGACACCUGUCAUCUUACAUGCACACCUCUAUGACGACAUCAUAGGAAAUAGCGAGUUGGUAAAAAGCGAAGAAGGUGAACAAGAAUUCAUACCUGCCCAUAAAAAACUACAGGUUCUUAUUCAGACAGCAGAAGGUGAUCUCAAAAUGACCUGUUACGUAAAGCAGACAGUAAUUGGAGGACCUACUGUUGUCUCCUUUGAUAAACUAAUGAGUGGAACCAUGAUCUGUGAGCCCUUUGAAUUGGACUUCCCCAACCAGUCUGAUAGUGUUGCAGUGUCACUAAAAGUAGGACAACAUGAGAAACUAGAAGUCAAUUUCUUAUUUCGAUUGGAAGACAAAAGAGAGAAAGCUGUUCCACAAGAUCAAGAACAACUGCAAGGUACAUCAAGUUCACAGGCACUGCAGUCAUCACAUCGAGGUGCAGCUGAAACUCUAGAGAAUAUUUCAGGUAGACAGGAAGACUUCGACGAAAAGCUGAAGGCUGUUGCUCAAAGCGUUGUCAAGCCUGAAGGAAUAGACGAUCUCGGGAAGGCUCUCGGCUUUAAACCAGAAGAUAUCCAACGUUACAUGAAGAAUUCAGAAGUAUCGUAUAUGGGUACACUGUCAAUGCUUCGAGACUGGAGCAAAAAGCAAACCAAGGCCACAGAGUGUGAAGCCCUGAAGGGUGUUCUAAAAAAGGCUAAUCAAAUUCGUCUCGCUGAUGAGCUAUUUGGUAUUUCAUGAGAUGCGAGUAAUAUGCUUCUCCAAUGAGGACUACAUUGAUCUAAGGAGAGAUACAUAUAUUUAUAUUUGUGUAUUUAAUGUAUAAAUAUGGGAGUACAAUGCAUGGUUAAAUAGCUUAUUCAAAGUUCCCCAUUUUCGUAUGGCCUUGAGUAGGGACAUCAGAAUACAUCGUAUGCAACAGAAUAAUGUUGCCCGAGUCGUAAGAUGAGGGCGACAUGAUUUUCAAGGGCGAUAUUGUCCAUAUUCAUAUUCCCUAAGUAGAGUCAGCAAAUAUCACUAUUAUCUUUUAUAUAUCAGCCUCAGGUAAAUAAUCAUGCUUUUCUUUAACAACUACACACAAGUUUAUUUGCUUGCUAGUCCCAAUUCAGGUUGUUCACCAUUCAUAUCAUGCAUGUCAUCUGAACUGACCAAUUAUGACGUUAGUUGUCCCUGGGCAUAUCCAUUGUUUAAGGCUCACUUACAUUUACUUUAAUUUUUUAUUGAAAGCAUCUUGCAAUGACAGACAACUUUUUUAAUGAUGUGAGAUUAUUGUACAAUGAUAUUUAUUUCAAAUUCACCUUUCUAAAUUUGUAUGUAUGCAUUAUUCCAACUUUCUUAAUUAUUAAAGGUAAAGACCAGUUAUGGC